UAUUUUGAAGGUACGUCAAUUUGACGAUUCUGUAAUGUUAAUUCCGGUAAAUAUUAUAUUGUUUGAGAAUCCUAAAUAGUUAAAGAAGACGCUCAAAUCUAAUUGAUUGAUAACAUACGUAUUUGUGUCCGAUGGAAGGUUUACAAUUUGUAUUGUUUUGUUUGUGAUUCCUAUAAUUUUAAUGAUUAUUCCAUUGUUGUACGAAAUUAUAAAUCGUUUUUGGAUGUGGAAGCUAAAAUUCAGCGCCGAUACAGCUGUGCUAAAGGGAAUUAACGUUCGGGCUAUUCAUGGUUAGAAGUGCAUAUGUUUUUAUACCAAUGGGAGUUAAAUAAAUACGAAUCGGGGUGCACUAGAUUAGCGCCACAAUAAUUAAAUCAGUAUUUGAGUACAUAGUGUUUAGAGCACUGACGAUAAUGACAGACACAAGACGAAGAGUGAAGCUUUACGCUCUGAACGCUGACAGACAGUGGGAUGACAGAGGAACGGGACAUGUGUCGUCAUGUUACGUGGAAAGGUUAAAAGGGACUUCACUCCUGGUGAGGGCAGAGUCCGACGGCUCGUUACUCCUCGAGAGCAAGAUCCAACCAGACACUGCAUACCAGAAGCAACAAGACACAUUAAUAGUGUGGUCGGAAGGUGACAACUUCGAUUUAGCAUUAAGUUUUCAAGAGAAAGCUGGCUGCGAUGAAAUAUGGGAAAAAAUUUGUCAGGUACAAGGAAAAGAUCCGUCAGUUGAAAUAACCCAAGACAUAGUAGAGGAAUCAGAAGAUGAGCGUUUUGAUGAAAUGUCAGAUAGUGUACAACCGGUGGAGUUGCCUGCAUGUGAAAUGGGACGUCUUGAGGAUAUUAGUGAACUUGUGAACAGCUGUCUGGUUUCCCCAGCUCGUAAGGACAAGCUCGCUGCAGCAUUGGAAACACAACAUUAUAUCAAAAAACUACUAAACCUCUUCCAUAUGUGUGAAGACAUUGAAAACAUUGAGGGAUUGCAUCAUCUCUAUGAAAUAUUUAAAAGUAUAUUCCUUCUCAAUAAAAAUACUCUCUUUGACACAAUGUUUGCAGAUGACACAAUAUUUGAUGUAGUUGGUUGUUUAGAGUAUGAUCCCAGUUUGCCACAGCCCAAGAAGCACAGAGAAUAUCUCAGAGAGUUGGCAAAGUUCCGUGAGGCCAUUCCUAUAAAAAAUAAGGAUUUGCUAGCUAAGAUACAUCAAACCUACAGAGUCCAGUACAUACAAGAUAUUGUUUUACCCACUCCUACAGUUUUUGAGGAUAAUCUGCUAAGCACAUUGUCAAGUUUUAUAUUUUUCAACAAAGUAGAAAUAGUAAAACUUAUAGAAGAAGAUGAAAAGUUUCUUACGGAUUUGUUUAAGUUACUUAUGGAUGAUAAGACUCCGGACGUGAAAAGACGUGAUUCUGUUUUGUUUUUAAAAGAGUUUUGUAAUUUUUCACAAAAUUUACAACCACAGGAUAAAGAUGCAUUUUAUAAGACAUUAGUAUCUUUGGGAAUCCUGCCAGCGUUAGAAAUCACAUUAAGCAUAGAUGACCAGAAAACAAAGACUGCAUCUAUAGACAUAUUGACAUACAUUGUUGAGUUCUCACCCUCCGUAGUGAGAGAUUACACAUUACAGCAGGCUAAUAACACAGAAGAGGAACAAAUGUUACUAAAUAUAGUUAUAGAGCAGAUGCUAAGAGACCGUGACCCUGAACUAGGGGGUGCAGUGCAGCUAAUGGGUGUGCUUCGUAUACUUCUUGACCCUGAAAGUAUGCUUGCAUCCGUCAACAAGAGUGAGAAAGCUGACUUCCUUAACUUCUUCUACAAACACAGUAUACAAACUCUUAUAGCUCCCUUACUAGAGAACACAACUGGUGAGAAACCGCUGAAGGAGGAUUACCACACGGUGCAACUGCUGGGGCUUGUGCUGGAACUGCUUUCGUUCUGUGUGGAGCAUCACACAUACCAUAUCAAGACCUGCAUAUUAAAUAAGGAUCUCCUUCGUCGUAUUUUGGUGCUGAUGCGGUCUACUCACACGUUCCUGGUGCUGGGCGCCUUAAGAUUUAUGAGGAAGAUCAUCGCGCUUAAGGACGAGUACUACAACAGAUACAUCAUAAAGGGAAACCUGUUUGCACCAGUUAUAGACGCGUUCCUCAGAAAUAAUGGCAGGUACAACUUAUUAGAUUCUGCUAUAUUAGAAUUAUUUGAAUUCAUAAAACUUGAAGACAUAAAAUCACUCUGUUCACAUGUUGUGGAAAAUUAUGGAAAAAUAUUGGAAGAUGUUGAAUAUGUACAGACAUUUAAGGCUUUAAAAACGCGAUACGACCAACACCAAGACAAGUUAAAGGAGAGGGAAAGAGUGAGCGGCAGCGUGGGCGUGACGGAGGCGGUGGUGCCGUCGCUGUUGCGCACGCGGUACCGGCGCGAGGCGCGCGCACCCGACGAGGAGGAAGAGAUGUGGUUUAACGACGACGACGAGCUCGACGACGACGCGCCGCUUGACGCCGCGCAGCCGCAUGCGCAUGCGCACGCGCACCCCCACACGCACCAUGCGCUCGACGCCAUCGGUAAAAUAGUGGAAAAGAAAGUGUGCACGAACACAGAGACUGUGAACGGUCCAAGCAGGGUCCUGCUCAGUACGGCGGCGAGCCCAAAGCCGACACACACUGACGUUCAGGUAUCCUCGCCCAGAUUACUCAAUAAGGGUCUCGUGGACUACGACGGAGAUUCAGACGAGGAGGAGGAGGGGGGCGGUGGUGGCGGCGGCGGCGGCGGCGGCGGCGGCAGCACGGCUGUGAGCGGCGGCGCGAGCGACGAGCGCGACGCCAAGCGGCCGCGCCUCGCGUAGUGUCCGCCAGCCGAGCGCGACGAGCCCUGUUUCAAGGAAUAUACACACCCGGCCUCGCGGCGCUGUGCAGCCCAGUGACACACCGACACCGCUCACCAUACACCACGGAAUGCAGUAAGAUAUGCUAGUGGAUGUUCUAAAACCCUUGGACGGUACACGACGUGUCUGUCUCGACGGACACGCAUACGAGUAGAUGUAGCCAACGUGUGUCGGGCGCCGGGGCGAGCUGGAGACGACCGCGUGGCAGGGUGAAAAUGGCGCAUGUGUUGUUUGAUAUGUCGACGGCUAUAUUGUGAUAUUAACAUUUGUCACUGCCAUAGGAGCUGAUAGAUGAAGCUCGUCUCUUGAUCGCCCCUCCCCGAUACACGUUCUCAGUCAGAUGUACUCGCGUCAGACAUAAAAAUUACUUACAACCGCAUUGUGUCCAUUUGUAAAUACGAAAUGAUGACACUCGAGUUUCCGACUUAGUUAGAUAAAGUAUGAAGUGAUUCAUACUUCGUAGAGUAAUUAAUUACUUCGGGCGACAUCAGAAUGUAGAACAAAAUAUCGGUUAUGAGGUGUAUUUAAUGUGAAUUAUUUUUAACGGUUAGGUUACCUUUGUCAAGGAUUGUAAUCAAAAAAAGUACAAAGAAAAUAUGAGUGGGAAUGUCUAAUAUAAUAAUUAAAAAAUCAAAAGCACCGUCAACGCAAUACGAAUGUGUAUAAAAUGUACGUACUUCUAAAAUAAUUGUUUAGUUUACGAACGGUUGCAAGGCCAAUCUUUUAAAAGGAGAUGUUUGAAUUUGUAUACUGUGCUGUGGAAUUGCUACUCACUAGUAUAUUAUUGUAUCACAAACUGAUUUAUGCUCUGAUUAUAAUCUGCUGUCUUUGAACAUCGCAACUUGUCUUUCGCGUCGUAAAACGUAGUGUUUAUUGUUAGAAUAUCUCGAGGGUAUUAUUUCAAAGACAAUGUGAAAAUAAUUUUGGUUUCAGGUUUAUCUUAAUUAUUUAUUUGCACAAUAUUUUGCAUUCCUUUCGUGUUGAGCUUCUCGAGGACGAUAACAUUUACAUGCUUUUUUUGCAAUAUAUUCUAGGUAAAGUACGAGUGAUUUUCAUUUUAUUCUCAUUUCUUCUUUUGGAAGCUCAACUUUUGUUGAAAGUAGAGAGUUAUCCCGUUUUACAUCUUUGAUUUUCUGUCUUUGUACAUUGUACAUGUUACAUAAUUUAUCUGGAUUUUGAUAUUAUUUAGCUUAAGGAAUAAAGAUGCCAUUUUAAUAUAAACUUAAAAUUGGAUACCAUUAAACUUGCCAUUUGUAAAAUAUAGGGUGACGUAAAUUGUAACUCUUUUUAAUAGGUUGAAAAAUAAUGGUAUCAAUUUUUAAGUUGUUACUACUUAAGGUUCAUAAUAUGAAAGUUGUUAAAUUGUAAAAAAUGAAAUUGGCAGCUAGUAAGAUGUUUUGGAUUAUGAAUUAUAAUAUAAUUAUGUAAGAAAUGAAUGGCAUAAAGUCGAUAAUUGCAUUAAUAAUAGAUAGUAAAUAUGUCUGCCGAUUUCCAUAAGAAUUGGACCAAAACAUGACUGAUGUAGGCACAGGUUAAUUAGUUAAAUAAAUUGUUACCAUACUUAAAAGGUAAUUCUAAAUCCAGCCAUGAUUAUUAAAUAUAUUUUUGUUUUAUUACCACUUUUAAUUUCAUCCUGUUCUUAUUGUAUAGUGUUGCAUGAUAUAGCAUGAUUGUUCUUGAAAUCCAGAUUUAUUAUGUGUUCUCUUCUACGUUGGUUGUUCGCAAAUAUAAUUCUUGUAAUUUCGUGAUCACUAUUUGUGCUUCAAAAACGCCUCCGAUUCAUUUCAAUGUAUUAUUUUGAAUACAAUUGCAAGUCCAUUCACAAAAAGAUUAUGAAAAUGGAUUUGAAUGGAAGUUCAUUUGGAUGUCUUGAUCACCAAUAUGGUGAUACUACUAAUAAUUCAAAAUGAAGAAUCGUGUUAUAGGUGUUAAAAGGCGCCGAUUCUCAUUCGCUUCUUCACUACAUUCUUGUGCAUUUGAUUAAAAACGUUUACACUUGUCAUAGUCUUAUAUUUAAUUUUGUUUCUUUAAAUUUUGGUACCACUAGAUAGGAUUGUGCGGAAUCGGAUAAGUGUAAUUGAUUGUCAUUCUUUCCCUUCGUUUUCUAGAAUUUUUACUAAGAUUAUCGCAUUGAUUGUUUAUUUAUGAAAAAAUAUUUAUAAUCGCUGAUAAAUGUUUGAAGACACAAUAUUAAAAGUAGGGAGUAUGCAGUAUACAAUAUUAAUAAAAUGUCCGUUUACGAAAUGAAUCGCAGAUGUUGUUGUGUCGCCGAUGUUUACCCUGAAACUGACUUGCGAUAUCAGUAUUAAAAUUCUUUACUUUCAACAACCACUUCUGUCUUUGCUUAUGAGCGUUAUUAGCUUUUUGCUCCGCAAAAGUAAUGUGUAUGUGAUAAAAGUAUCUGAUUAAGAUCCAUUUUAUUUUAUUACUGCGUAAACUUCUAGAUUUAUCGUUCGUAUUUUGUAAAUAAUAUUAGAUUUUGUAAAAUAUACUUUAUCUGAUAAACUCAAUUAUUCGUAACGAAAUUAGCUUGCCCGAUCCCUAGCCGCCAAAAAUAUGGUGUUUAGAUACCGCAAUCCAUAAAUUUUAUUUAUACAUUUUCAAACAACGUUACAGUUAUCUAACGCUGUUUUAACAGUGCUGACAAUUAUCACUAAUUGAAAUAUUAUCAUAAAAAAGAAACGGAAUUUUGCUGGCGGCGUAAAUUAAAAUUUUAAAUAUUCUUUUAAACUUAUAAAGUUACAAGUAUAAAAUUGCAAGAGAUCGUCGGCUCUAAGCUGUUAUAAUGAUGCUUAAAACACCUAACCGUUUAAAUUAUACUUUUAAACUUCCUUUUGUAUUCUUUGAAAAUACAUAUCAAUUUUUUAAUAUGUAUCUGACAGCGGAAGUGUUGAUCUCUGUUUCACUAAUACAGCAUAGUGAAUAAUUCAGUAAUGGCACUUUUCUCGUCCUAAAUAUGAUGGUCACAUUGCAUCCACUGCAUCGACACCAUGUGAAAAUUAUAUUUUUUAUUUUUAUAACCAUUGCCACUACCUACAGUGCACAGUGAAUGCGAGGCGAAUUUAAUUAUUACAUACGUGGGGUGAAUUUGUCAGAGUAUAUUGUAAAUAAAUAACGUUUUAUGUAAUAAUUUUAUUUGAAAUCUGCCAAAGUCCACGUGUCUAAUAGGCUAUAGCAUCGAGCUGUCAAUUAGAAUUAUACGAUACUUAUAUUCCUUGAAAUAACUUCCCCCGUUAAUAAAAUACGAAGUUCUAGGUGAAAGUAGACUGUAAUGAUGACUAUUUUUUAUCUGUCUAGGUGGAUGACCAUCAUAAACUAAUUUAUACACAGAUUAAAAUUAAAUAGAUUUACCUAUUGGCAAGUUGUGUAAAUUAAAUAAAUAAGCUUACUAUAAUGCUAUUAUUAUGAUGUCACUAGUUAAGUAAGCAAUAUAAAUAUAAGGUAAUACGAAAU